AUGUCAAGUGACAACCCAGAUGGAUAGCCAUUGGAUAUCGAAUAUUAUGAAACCAAUUAUCCUUAUUUGAAUGUCAAGAAGAAUCUUCUGAACAACACUUUAUCUAAAUGGAGAAGAGCUAUUGCACCAUAUAACCCAUUUGCCAUGCAAUAAAUCCCAAAUCAAAAGAGAAUGGGUAUGGGUAUAAGAAAUGGCAAUGGAUUUUACUUCCCUGAUCCAUAUCCUAACAGAGUUAAUUGGAGUGUGUUUUUCCCAACUCAUUAUGAUCCUUUGAGUGAAUAACACUUUGGAAAUCACGGAUGGUAGACAAGAAAAGAUGCACCAAUGUUUACAGCACUAGCAAUUAGAGCUUAAGCACUUCCAAGAGGAUGCGUUAGAUAAAUUGAUGCCUUCAAAAGAUGUUAAAAUGUAAAUGGAGUAACUAAAUGCCAAGAAGAAGCUGAUAACAUCAUUUCUAUUUGUCCCAAAUGGGCUUUGGAAGGAUUGAAGGAAAAAAAGAGGUAACUAGAUAAAAUUGAAGCCAUCCAGACACUCCAAUAUCGUUCGGUUUUGGAGGUUUCUCCCUACAAUAAGGGCAGAACAGCAAAGGAUGUUUCAGAUAAGACCUGGGCUGAUGGACAUAGAGACAAUUUGAGACCUGAUACAAUGUGGGCUGACGAGAGAUAUACGAACAUUACUUAGAGUGAGAUCAAUGAGGCUAAGAAACGAGUGGCUGCAAGAGAUGCUGCAAGUGGAAGAGUUAAGGAAUAGGUGUACCAAGUGCAUCACCCAGAUAUGUCGAGUUCUCAUAUCAGCGAAGACAAACCUCUAUAUCCAUGAUUUAUUAAUAAAUAAUAAAUAAAAAUAUUAAAACAAAUCUUUAAGAA